ACCUGAGUCGUCAGGCGGAACGGUUGCCAGGUGUGAGGAGGUCGUCUUUUGCAAUGUAAUGACUGUGGAGGGCUCUUUUUUUCUCUCUUUUUUGUUCUUACCUGUGUGUCUAAACAUCAGUUAAAUGAAGAUCACUCAGAAAGCUGAUUGACUCCUGAUGUGGUUAAAACAAGAUAUGCAGAUGAGUCACAAGUUUAUACAAGUUCAUUAAACACAUGCUGGGGAUGUCACUUUGUGGUCUUAUGAGUGUGAUGGCUGGCGGUGGGAUGAAGGGAGGUCUCAGACUGGUGAUGCUCUUGCUGCUGUCUGAAGCUGUAAAGUCCAAAAGUACGUCUCCACCGGGAAAACCAGUUUUGAUUGGCUGCAGGUCCCCUGAGAAGGAGACAUUUACCUGCUGGUGGACACCAGGCUCUGAUGGAGGGCUCCCAACCGUGCACCGCCUCUUCUACGAGAGAGACCAAUCAAAAGGGAUUCAUGAGUGUCCGGACUAUCGCUCAGCAGGAAGUAACUCCUGCUUCUUUGACAAGAACUUCACCUCCAUCUGGGAAGAAUAUUAUCUGACAGUGGUGGCCUACAAUGUCCUCGGAAAUGCCUCCUCAGAUCCCUUGAAGAUCGAUGUGAUGAAAGUUUUGAAGCCCAAUGCUCCUGAAAAUGUCACGCUGCAGGUGAAGGAGAGCAACCAUAAUCCAUAUCUCAAUAUCAGGUGGCAACAUCCCUCCAAUAUAGACCUCAAAUCUGGAUGGGUCACCAUUAAAUAUGAACUGAGAGUCAAACAAGAAAACGACAAAGAAUGGGAGUUUCACAAGUCGGGGACAGAAACUUAUUUCAGCCUGUAUAACGUCGAACCUGGUGCUGUGUAUAUUGUUCAAGUGCAUUGUACAAUAGACCACAGCCCCUGGAGCGAGUGGAGCAACACCACGUUUGUGAAAAUACCAAGCUAUUUUCAGAACGUGAACCACUUUUGGAUACUGGUCUCUACCUUCUCUUUAAUUCCACUGUUUGCAACAAUGUGCAUCUUGGUCAUAAAAAGGAAAUCUAUGAGGCAAUGGCUUCUGCCUCCUGUUCCUGGUCCAAAGAUCAGAGGAGUUGAUGUUCAACUUCUCAAGAGUGGGCAAUCUGAAGAUGUCACAAAUGCCCUGUCUGGCAACCAAAACUUUCCUCCCACAACGGCAUGGAUGGACCAGGUUGAGGAGUAUCUCGUCGUGUCUGAUAGUAAUGAAUGGCUUUUACAAGAUCCCUAUGUAUGUGAAAAGGGGAUAAAAAGCUUAAAUAUUCCUGCUGGUUUCCACUUAGACUCAGAAAUUCAAUGUAAGCAGUCAACUCUAAGCCAGAGUGACUGUGAAAAGGUAGAGGACAGAGAGAAUAAAAUGGAUCACAUGGACAACUUGUCGGAAGUUAAGCCAACACGGCCGACUGCUGAGAAACGGCCGUGUUUAAAUGGAGAGGCAGCAGAUGAGCAUAAAGCAACUUUAGGGGACACUAUCCAACCCCCUGCGAACACUGACUAUGUGGAUAUUCACAGACAUGAUAACAUGCAGGAGGGGACACAGAUGGACUACAGCAGAGUGUCAGAGGUGAACAGCGAGAAUAUCCUCAUCCUGGAGAAAGUAGACGUCCCUCUCAGCGCUGAUAUUCAGAGUCAGGAAGAGAGCAUGCCAGAGAACUACAGCAUAGUUAAAGAGCUGAACGGUGACAACAUGGUUUUACUGCAAAAACACAAUAACUCUUUAUGUAAAAAGGAAAUCCACAACACGGACUGGACCCCUCAGAAACCAAACAAACCUCAUGUGACUGAAUGCAGCAAAAUGUGCACAGAAAUGAUUGGUAAUGGAUAUGUAGACUAUUCCUAAGUUUUCCGUGAAGUGAUUUGUGUUAAAGGACACCACUGUCAUAUUAAUUUUUGUUUUGUUUUGGGGUUUUUUUGACACUGAAUGGAUUGAUGUUCCAUUUGAUUUUGUCAUCUGUGGAUGCAGGGAUGUCCCACUUCUGCUCCAGAGUGGGAUAACUUAUUUAACUACAGUAGUCUGUUGAGUUCCCCUUUCACUUAAAUGGUGGAAGUGGAAAAGCUUGAUAUCUGCUUAAUGGUUGUUGAACAAAAGCCUGUCCAGAAUUUUACAGUUUCCAAGUGUAAUACUCUGUGUGCAUAAAGUUGUUUUGUUU